GUAUUCGGACAUGCGCAGGCGGUAGUGGCGGAAUGGUGUGAGAGGUCUGGAGCGAUACAGGGAGCCCGGUUUCGGUAGAAGUGGAAGGUAACGUUUCAGAAGAUUUUGGGAUGGUUUGAAACUACAUAUUAACACCAAAAAGGAUUUUUUUUUUCUGAACCUUAGAGAGGUGAAAGGAAGAUGGAUCAGAAUAAUAGUAUAUCGACUUUCCAGGGUCUGGCCUCUCCACAGGGAGCAAUGACUCCAGGAAUUCCCAUCUUUAGCCCGAUGAUGCCCUAUGGCACUGGGUUGACACCACAGCCUGUACAAACUGCAAAUAGUUUAUCAAUUCUGGAAGAACAGCAAAGGCAACAGCAGCAACAGGCCCAGCAGUCCACAUCCCAGCAGGGUGUUCCGGGGGCAGGACAGACCCCACAACUUUUUCACUCACAGACUCUUACCACAGCGCCACUUCCAGGCAAUACACCGCUGUAUACAUCACCUAUGACUCCGAUGACUCCUAUUACUCCAGCCACUCCUGCUUCAGAAAGUUCUGGCAUCGUACCUCAGUUGCAAAAUAUAGUAUCUACUGUCAAUCUUGGCUGCAAAUUAGAUCUGAAAACAAUUGCACUUAGAGCGCGAAAUGCAGAGUAUAAUCCAAAGCGUUUUGCUGCCGUUAUUAUGAGAAUAAGAGAGCCACGUACAACAGCACUUAUAUUCAGUUCUGGAAAAAUGGUCUGCACGGGAGCUAAAAGUGAAGAGCAGUCACGCUUGGCAGCGAGAAAGUAUGCGCGUGUUGUGCAGAAGUUGGGGUUUCCAGCAAAGUUUCUGGAUUUUAAAAUUCAAAAUAUGGUAGGCAGCUGUGAUGUGAAGUUCCCCAUCAGAUUAGAAGGCUUGGUCCUAACACAUCAACAGUUUAGCAGUUACGAGCCAGAGUUAUUCCCUGGCCUUAUUUACAGAAUGAUCAAGCCAAGAAUCGUUCUUCUGAUAUUUGUGUCUGGAAAAGUUGUUUUGACAGGUGCUAAAGUCCGAGCAGAGAUUUAUGAAGCAUUUGAGAACAUAUACCCAAUCCUGAAAGGCUUUCGGAAGACCACAUAACAGUUGGCGUUUGGAAUUUUAACUUUUCUGUAUAUGUGUUGUAUAAUAUGAGGACCUUUUUAUUAUUGUACACCGUUAAGAGAUGGACUUGGGUUACAUAUGGUGUUCCACUGACGUUGCUAUGAUCCAAUGACAUCUUGCAUCGCCACAUAUUUUAUUUACUUGCCAAAUGUUUCUAUUUUUAAGCCGGUUUUAUGUGGAGGACAUUGACUUUAAAGAAAAUAUUGUUUCCAAUGGUUUUCCUUUAUUCCAUGUACUUCAGAAUUUAUACACUAUUCAAUAGGACUGUUUUGGACCAUGAUGUCUAACGGAACAAGAAGUAUUUCAAAAACCAUUUUCUGGAGACAGUACACCUCAAGUGAAACAUCGGGAUUGUAUAUAUCACUUAACCAAAAGCUCUGUAUUAAUCCUUCCGAAGGGUAUAUUUUGGCACUGUUUCACUUUUAAUAAAAAAACAGAUUUUAGUCUAAAGUUAGUCUAUGGCCAUCUAAUCUUGUUUUAAUAGUAGUAAGAAAUGUUUUAAUUUAAAUGUUGUUUAAGUCAUUAUCUGUAUAUAUUUUUCUCAUUUUCAGUUGUUCCAUAUUAAACAGAACAGUUUUAUUGGAGUUUUAUGACUUUGAUACUAUGUAUCGUUUCCAGUAGGCUUUUUUUAUUUUAUAAGGUUAUUAGAAUAAUACUUAUGUGCCAGAAACAUUCCUGGAUUUCAGUGUUCAGCUUG